AUGGAUUUUCAUAGCUGUAAUUGUAAAAAUGUAACUAUUACAGAAGGAAUAUUUGGAGAAAUAUGGGAUGAAAAUAAAGAAGAACCGAUGUUCAUGGAUUCUAUACCAAAAAUAGUAAAGUCAUAUACUAUGCUAAAUGCUAAUCGUAUGGAAGUUAUUCUUAUUACUUGGGGUGCUACAAUUGUAUCUUUAAAAUGUCCAGAUAAAUAUGGCCAUUCUGCUGAUGUUGUUCUUGGUUUUGAUGACCUGAAGGGAUACAUGAACCCGAUAACAAAUCCCUUUAUUGGAUGUAUAUUAGGAAGAUGUGCAAAUCGUAUCAAAGAUGGACAUAUUACUAUCAGAGGCAAAGAUUAUGAAUUAACAAAAAACGAUUAUAAUGGAAGACACCAUUUGCAUGGAGGAACAAAUGGAUUUGGUCGUAAAGUAUGGGAUUCAUACAUUGCUGGAUGCUCAGUUGUUAUGAGUUAUUUAAGUGAAGAUGGAGAAGAAGGCUAUCCAGGUGCAGUGUUAACUACACUAAGAUUUAAAUUAACAUCAGAUAAUAAAUUGAGUAUAAGUAUGAGAGCAACAACUUCCAAACCAACAAUAGUAAACUUAUCACAUGGUUCCAUGUUUAAUUUAGCUGGACAUAAUGCUGGAGAAAACGAACUAAAAAAACAUAAAGUAUUAUUGAACUGUGAUCGUUGGACAUUUGCGGAUUAUACAGAUCCAGUUCCUACAGGUGCUAUACGUGGUGUAGCUGGUACUGUUAUGGAUUUCCGAAUACCAAGAGUUUUAAAAGAUUAUAUGGAAAAGGUACCACCUGGAGAAGGCUAUGAUCACAAUUUAUGUGUUACAAGAAAUGAACAAUCUGGUAGUUUAUUUGUUGCUAAAGUUUGGCAUGUAAAAACUGGACGCGUUUUAGAAAUUUAUUCGGAUCAACGUGGAGUACAGUUUUAUACCGGAGGACAUCUACCACCUCGCAUUAUUACAGAAUUUACAGAGACUUAUGAUUUAUUAAAAGAUAGUAGUGAAGAUGUUGAAGAAUAUAAUGAAAGUUAUCAAAGUGAUGAAAAUGAUGAGGAAGAAACAAAAGUUGAAAGACAAUAUAAAAAAAUAAUAGCUGUACCUAAAAAAUUGGAAUUUCUUUUGGGAAAACACGGAAGUCGUUAUAAAAAAUUUUGUGCUUUUAGCAUACAACCGCAAAACUACCCCAAUGCAACUCAUUAUUCACAUUUCCCAUGUUCUAUAUUAUACCCUGGUCAAAUUUACUGCCAUGACUUAACAUAUAAAUUUGAAGUAUGUCUUGCAAAUUAUAUGUAAUAUGUUCACAACUUUAUAUUUGU